GGUAUAAUGUUCUAACCUGAUCUGAUCUGUUUUCUAUGGUAUAUUUUUUGUGAGUAAUAUUCUAGUCCGAUAGGAUCUGUUUCUUGAUCAUAAUAUUUAGCGGUUAAAUGAAAUGUUAUUGCGAAAUCUUCAUUUAAACUAAAACAAAAAACCAGACCGGAACAAAUAUCUUGUCCGUGUGGGAAUCGAACCCACGACACUUUGUUUAGAUGAUUGAAGAACGUGUUAUAUUUCAUAUAAUUAUGAUGUGACCAGGGGGCUUACUCUUGAUUUCAAUUCCGAUCGGUCGACAUUGGAAUUGUGACGUUUCGCACUCUUGAGUUCGAUGCUAGCGCCACAUUGGUUUGAAAUUGCGUGUUCAUUAUGGGGAACUAAUUGAAAUCGGAUUGGGCGCUAAACGGUACUCUUGAGUCUAUUUUGACAGCUGCUUAUUGCGCCAAUAUUACGGUGGGAUUGAAUGUUGAUUGUGAUUUUUCCAAUUACUAAAGAGUAACUUUUAAGAAAUUGUUUUGUGUUUUACGUGGUUUUCUUUGGAUAAAAAGUGUUUAAUAUGGCACGAUUAGCGGCAAUGUACAGUGUUUCGUUAAAUUCCCAUAAAAAACAACUGAAACAAAGACGAGAUGAGCGUCGGAUGAUGCGUUAUACGGAGAAAGCGUUUUCGAUGAAUGAAAACGAGUUUAAAGCCAAUUAUAGGGUGAGCAAGGAUUUGUUUCACGAAAUAUUCGAAAACAUAAAGCUAAAAGGCUUUAUGUUUUCGAAUAUGCAAUUCCCUAAGAGAAGAAGUGAUUUAUUACCAAAAUAUAAGGUUUUAGUGGCAUUGUCCUUUUAUGCUACUGGGAGUUACCAAAGGCUAGUUGGAGGCAGUUAUGGGACCCUAAUGAGUCAGCAAUCUACUUCUCGUUCUAUUCGAGAGGUAACAGCAGCUCUUAACCAUCCCUUAAUACAAAGGAAAUGGAUCAAGUUUCCUCAAACUCGUCGUGAAAGAGAUGCUGUAAAACUGAGAUUUUUUGAAAAAUUCAGUAUACCAUCUGUUAUAGGAUGCAUUGAUGGCACUCAUAUAGCCAUAAUUAGACCAUCAGAAAAUGUAGAGAGAUUUUUUAAUCGCAAACAUUUUCAUUCAAGAAAUGUUAUGAUUGUUAGUCAAUAUUUUUGGUUAUUACUGAAUUGUAAUUCAUUGCUUAUGAAAUUAGUUAAAUAUCUUUGUUUUAUAUAUUUUCAGUUAGCUGAUUCAGACUUAAGAAUACUGUCAGUAGAUGCUUCAUUUGGAGGAGCAUCACAUGAUAGUUUCGUCUGGAAUCAGCAUCCUGUGAAACAACAUUUAAUUGAAUUAAAUAAUAAUGGGGAAACUGUAUUUUUACUAGGCAAGUAAAUUAUUUAAAUAGUU